AUGAAGAUCAGUUGUCUUGAGUGUCAGCGGCAGCGUUCCACUCUCGUUGAAAUGCUCGAGACCAGAGACAGUAGACGGCAAGCCACCGGCGAUGCAAGGAGACAGGACCCACUUAAAGAUCGUAUUAUCAUCAUCACUGGAGCCAGCAGCGGGAUCGGUGAGGCGACGGCGCUGAAGCUCUCGAGCUUGGGAGCGAACGUGGCCGUUCUUGCUCGUCGGAAAGAGAAGCUGGAAGAUCUCGCGAGCCGCAUCGACAAGGCGGGAAGCGGGAAAGCUCUUGCUGUGUGUGCUGAUGUCACAAGCGUCGAGUCCAUGCGCAUGGCGGUCGCUCAAGCUUGUGAGUAUUUCAAAGGCUCAGUAUGGGGGCUGGUAAAUUGUGCGGGCGUGAUGCACUACCAGAAGGUGUCUGACCUCGACGUCGAGUCCUGGAACCAGCAGCUUGACACCAACUGCCGGGGUGUCUUGAACUCAACGGCGGCGGUGCUGCCAUCCAUGAAGGAGGCGGGAAAGCAAGGGCUGUGCGUUUACUCGGCUACCAAGCAUUUCGUGGAGGCGUGGGCUCAAGAGCUCGUCGCCUUCGGCAUCAAGGUUACCAACGUGCAACCUGGAGACGUGAAGACGGAGCUGCUGAUGCACACGAGGGAUCCUUCAGCCCUCGCUGAGUUCGGAGGAGAUUCGAAUCGUCAGAUGCUCGAGAGUGGUGACGUGGCGGAGAUGAUCGCUUUCGCCAUGACGCAGAAGACUCACUGCGCCGUCAACGAGAUCCUGGUGGAGCCAACCGAAGCUCCUCUGUGA